AUGUCGUUGGCAGAGGCACACGAAGAGACGAAGGGUUUGAGUGGCACGUCAGAUCUUGCUCCAACGCAAGAGCAGCACAAAAGAAUCAAUGCCUGGUCUGGUCCUGGCCCAGCCGCCUUCGAUUUCCGGAGUGAUGUUGUGACAACACCCACACCGUCCAUGCUGAAGGCGAUUUCAAACACCUCCCUCCUCGACGAUGUCUUCAUGGAAGAUCCUACCACGAACGAUCUCGAAUCAUACAUGGCCGAGCGAACCGAGCAAGAAGCAGGUCUUUUCGUCCUGUCAGGGACCAUGGGAAACCAGCUUGCUCUGCGAUCACACCUGACGCAACCCCCUCACUCGGUGCUGUGCGACUAUCGGGCGCAUAUUUUAGUCUGGGAGGCUGGCGGGGUGGCCACUUUGUCAGGCGCAUUAGUGAACGGAGUUGUGCCAAAGAAUGGAGUUUACUUGACAUUGGAAGAUAUCAAGGAGAACGUCGUUCUUGGAGACGAUGUUCAUGCUGCACCGACAAGGGUGAUAUCCCUUGAGAACACUCUUGGGGGUACCAUCAUGCCAUUAGAGGAAGUGAGAAAGAUAUCCGCCUUUGCAAAGGAACAUGAUAUCAAACUGCAUCUUGAUGGCGCUAGAAUCUGGGAAGCCGUUGUGGCAGGUGCUGGCUCACUCCCAGAUUACUGCAAAGAAUUUGACAGUGUCAGUCUUUGCUUCUCAAAGGGUCUUGGAGCUCCUGUUGGAAGUGUCCUUGUCGGCAGUAAGAAGCUGAUCAAGCAAGCCCGAUGGGUUAGGAAGAGUAUUGGUGGUGGCCUAAGACAACCAGGCGUGGUUACCGCAGCCGCUCGGGUCGCGGUAGACGAAACUUUUGGCAAGUCUCCAAAUGGUGAAGAUGGCAUUCUAAAAAAGAGCCACGGAACCGCAAAGAGAAUUGCAGAGAUUUGGACCCGUCUCGGUGGUAAGCUGGCACAACCGACCGAAACAAAUAUGGUGUGGUUUGAUCUCCGUGAUGCCAAUUGCUCCGGCAAUGGUUUCGUGGAGAUUGGGAAGCAGCAUGGGCUCCGACUACUUGCUGGUGGGCGGUUGGUUGUCCAUUACCAGAUCAGUAAUGAAGCAGUUCAAAAGCUUGAGCUUGCGUUGAAGGACAUUGUAGCCAAGAAAGGCCAGAACGGCCAUACAGAUAUUGCAGCCAAAGUUGGCGAGAAAGCAUAUAGAUGA